AUGAAACUGUUGACCCACAAUUUGCUGUCGUCCAAGAGUCUGAAAGGAGUCAAAGUAGGAUAUCCGCUUCGCAUUGUCGCAAAAGACGUCAAGAUAUCCGAAUGUGAAUUCAACAAAGAGUUUGUGAAGAAAAUCAUACCAAAACUUGAUUGGAAAGUUUUUGUUAACGCAGCUGUGGAAAUCGGCCAAACCAGUGACCUGUCUGAUGAGUUAAUUGAAGACUAUGAAGACGAUGAUGAUUAUCUCAAAAAAGUACAUCAUCUACUCAUGGAAGUAGAAAUUAUAAAUGGUGAACUUAUAUGUCCAGAAACAGACAGAGUGUUCCCGAUAUCAGCUGGUAUACCUAACUUACUGUUAAAUGAGAAUGAAGUAUCAUAA